ACAGCCCGCGCAGUUGCCGGGGAUCGCGCUCAGCCCCGCGAGCCGAGGCAGCGCAGCCUAGGGAGGGGGCUGCCCCGGCCCCCUCCUGCAGCCCGGGCCCCCAGAGGCUCGGCCUUCCUCGCAGGAAGGCGAAGUCCCCGGUGCCAGGUCCGGGGACCAGCAGCCGAGAACGCCCGGGUCCCGGAGCCAACAGGUUCUUGGUGAAGCACUUGGCACGCAUCGGAGCUCAUUACUCUUCAUCGUGGUCCUGUAAGGAAGUUUGAGGCUGAGACCUGAAAAGACCUGGGUGCAAGCCUCCAGGCACCCUGAAGGGAGUGGGCUGAGGGCUGGCCCAGGUUCCCUCCUCUCCCUCUGCAGAGCCUAGGAUGCCUCUCCGCUACAGCGGCUCCUGAGCUCAUGGAGCCCUCAGCCACCCCAGGGGCCCAGAUGGGGGUCCCCCCUGCCAGCAGAGAGCCGUCCCCUGUGCCUCCAGACUAUGAAGACGAGUUUCUCCGCUAUCUGUGGCGUGAUUAUCUGUACCCAAAACAGUACGAGUGGGUCCUCAUCGCAGCCUAUGUGGCUGUGUUCGUCGUGGCCCUGGUGGGCAACACGCUGGUCUGCCUGGCCGUGUGGCGGAACCACCACAUGAGGACGGUCACCAACUACUUCAUCGUCAACCUGUCCCUGGCUGACGUUCUGGUGACUGCCAUCUGCCUGCCGGCCAGCCUGCUGGUGGACAUCACUGAGUCCUGGCUGUUCGGCCAUGCCCUCUGCAAGGUCAUCCCCUAUCUACAGGCCGUGUCCGUGUCAGUGGCAGUGCUAACUCUCAGCUUCAUCGCCCUGGACCGCUGGUAUGCCAUCUGCCACCCACUAUUGUUCAAGAGCACAGCCCGGCGGGCCCGUGGCUCCAUCCUGGGCAUCUGGGCUGUGUCGCUGGCCGUCAUGGUGCCCCAGGCUGCAGUCAUGGAAUGCAGCAGUGUGCUGCCCGAGCUAGCCAACCGCACACGGCUCUUCUCGGUCUGUGAUGAACGCUGGGCAGAUGACCUCUAUCCCAAGAUCUACCACAGUUGCUUCUUUAUUGUCACCUACCUGGCCCCACUGGGCCUCAUGGCCAUGGCCUAUUUCCAGAUAUUCCGCAAGCUCUGGGGCCGCCAGAUCCCCGGCACCACCUCAGCACUGGUGCGGAACUGGAAGCGCCCCUCAGACCAGCUGGGGGACCUGGAGCAGGGCCUGAGUGGAGAGCCCCAGCCCCGGGCCCGCGCCUUCCUGGCUGAAGUGAAGCAGAUGCGUGCGCGGAGGAAGACAGCCAAGAUGCUGAUGGUGGUGCUGCUGGUCUUCGCCCUCUGCUACCUGCCCAUCAGUGUCCUCAAUGUCCUUAAGAGGGUGUUCGGGAUGUUCCGCCAAGCCAGCGACCGUGAAGCUGUCUACGCCUGCUUCACCUUCUCCCACUGGCUGGUGUACGCCAACAGCGCUGCCAACCCCAUCAUCUACAACUUCCUCAGUGGCAAAUUCCGGGAGCAGUUUAAGGCUGCCUUCUCCUGCUGCCUGCCUGGCCCAGGUCCCUGCGGCUCUCUGAAGGCCCCUAGUCCCCGCUCCUCUGCCAGCCACAAGUCCUUGUCCUUGCAGAGCCGAUGCUCCGUCUCCAAAAUCUCUGAGCAUGUGGUGCUCACCAGCGUCACCACAGUGCUGCCCUGAGCGAGGGCUGCCCUGGAGGCUCCAGCUCAGGGGAUCUGCCCCUACCCCUCAUGGAAAGACAGCUGAAUGUGGUGAAAGGCUGUGGCUUCAGUCCUGGAUUUCUGCCUGUGUGACUCUGGAUAAGUCACUUCCUCUGUCUGAGCUUGUGUCCCCUAAGCAGGGUUGAUGUGAGGAUUAAGCACGCUGAAGCAAGUGGAAAGCUCCUUGUAAACUGUGAAGUGUUGUGGACAUGAUUAUUGUUGUACUUCUCUCAUUUGGCCAUACCCCACAGUAUAAUCUGUCCCCAUCAUCCUUCCAGAGCUUGGCCAUCCUCCUAAAGACCCCUUUCCUACCCAAUUACAGGCCUUCCCUGGAGUCUGCUCUAAAGGUCCCAACAGGCAUUUCCAUCUUGUUCCGUGGCUCCCUGAAGCCCAGGGCUGCACUUGGCCAGCUGUUCUGAUGCCUGUGUGAACCAAUCUGGGCCCAGUCUUUCUCCAGUGGGCCACGAGCGCAGCCCCACCCUAACCAGGUGCCAAGGGCACACACCACAGACCCGACCUUGUUGGCUUUGUGGUGUGAUAAAAACACUCUCCAUGGCCACUUGGCACAGAGGCCAGCAGCCCGAAGCAACUGUAAUUAAAAGCCUGGCACUGAA